CCUCGCUGCUCGCAAUGUUCGGCUCGCAGGCUCGCUCGUUCGGUCGGUGCGAUAAAUAUUUCAAUCGAUCAAGAUUUGUAUUCCUGUGAUUUAUAUAUGCGUGGGAACGUGAUCAUUGUGUUUAUUUGUCUAAACUAAUUUCGCUCAAAAUGGAAAUUCAAAACAUUAAAGUUAAGAAAAAGCCGUCUAAAAUUGAAGAAAUGACUAAGGAGCAAAUACGUGAAGCAAUUGUCAAAAAAAGAGAAUGCAACGCGAAAGCGCAAAUAAUUGUCGAAAGCCUCCUGGAGAAGGAUGUGACGGAGUCUUAUUUGUUACAAUGUCUGCCCGACAUCAAUCAGAGUCACUUUGAAGACAUCAUAGAGGAGAGGGCUAUCAUUCACCUUUGCGGUUACCCAAUAUGUCAAAACAGUCUUUCAGUAAAAGAUAUUCCUAAACAGAAAUACCGUAUUUCAAUGAAAACAAAUAAAGUUUAUGAUAUAACAGCACGAAAAAGCUUCUGCAGCAACAGCUGCUAUAAGGCUGCUACAUUUGUUAAAAAUCAAAUGUUGACAAGCCCCUUGUGGUUUAGAGAAUAUGAAGAAAUACCCACUUUCCAACUUGUUCCUUUAGACACAGCUGGCAGUUUAGGCCAAGAGGUAGAUGUGGCAUUAUUAGAGAAAAUUAAAGUGAAGUCAGAGAAAAACCAAUUUUCCUCUAUAAACGACUUUGCUACUGCCAGUCUUAAUGAAAUGACAGACACAGGAAGUGAACUCAACAAUAUUGAUGCUAAAGAAAUCAUUCAAAAUGUUGAUGGUAACAUGGAGAAUAGUAAAGACUCAUCAUUAACUGAUAGUAAUGUAAUCAAUAAUGAUCAUAUAGAAUUAUCCAAUGGACAGGAUAAUCAAAAUAAUGAUAUAAAUAAAGGAAAUCCCAAUGUCCACACAAAGAAACCCAAUCCAUCAAAUAUCGUUGGAGAUAUUGUAGAGAAACCAGAAAGAAAAAUUGACCCCAUAUUGGCUCAAACUCCUGAAAGCACACCUAAACCCCAGAACAAACCUAAAACUGUAAUAAAAAAGCGUCAACCAGUUGUAACAGCAUUAACCAUAGAAGUAGAGAAAUGUCUUGCUGAAUGGUUUACUCUAGAUACAACGCUAUUAUUAUUUGGAGAAGAAAAAGUUAAAGAAAUGGUGACUGACAAAGGGGAAUGCAUUAAAGAAUAUUUAAACAACUAUGCCAAUAGCAUAGCUCACAAUUCUAACACAUAUGAUCAAUACCAGGCCCUGUGCAAAAAGUUGAAUAUGCUUGAAUUAGAAGACAGGAGAUUUGAUGCCCAAACUUUGCAGAAGGAAACAAAACCUCUUCCUGACUACUCCAUGUUGCAGGAGGAAAGUAAAAGAAUUCAAUUGAAGGUCAAAGCUUUUUUUGCGGGUGAAACCAUAAUCCCCGAAAUUGAAAAAGAAGAGCGGAAAAAAUCUUCUUCAGAAGAGGAAAAUAAGAUAACACUGUUACCUCUUGUUGAUAGAAAUGCUCAAAAUGCUUUGAGAAGACGAAUUGUAUGUGAACAUUUGAACAAAGUUCUACCAGACUUACUUCGAUCUCUAGGUUUACUGAGUCUUACAAUAAGUUCUGAUGUACGUCUCCUUGUAAAUACAUUCAAAUUGAAAGCAAAUAAUAUAAUGUUUAAGCCUAUACAAUGGACAUUGAUCGCGAUUAUAGUAAUAAAGUUGUUGUCUCUCCGAGAUACUCGGCUAGCCUAUUCGCUGGAGCAACCCACGGCAUACCAACACUUACAACUGCUUCUUCUUAGUUAUAAACAAGAUGGAGGAUAUCUAGAGCGACUUAUAUCAUGGUUAACAGAUAUUGAUAGACUGUUAGAUACUAAUGAUGUACAAUUAACAAUAGAAUAGAUGAUAAUACUUUACAGGAAUAGUUAUAUUUUUAUUUACUAUAAUAUAUGAAAUUGUGAUAUAAAAAUAGGAUUACAAAAAUUA